AAAGUGUUAUAAAUACAGACAGUGUUCAGCUCCCAUUUUCAACCCAACUCACUCUACUCACUGCAAUUGGGUGCUUCCACUAUCUUCCUAAACACUUUCUAAACUAGAACUCUCUUUCCCUCUGCCUCCCUCUCGGUAUCACAAUGGAUCCUUACAAGUUUCGCCCAUCAAGCUCUAAUGACACGCCCUUUUGGACUACCAAUGCCGGUGCUCCAGUUUCCAACAACAAUUCCUCCAUGACAGUUGGACCCAGAGGUCCAAUUCUUCUCGAGGACUAUCAUAUGAUAGAGAAACUUGCCAACUUUACUAGGGAAAGGAUUCCAGAGCGUGUUGUCCAUGCUAGAGGAAUGAGUGCUAAGGGUUUCUUUGAGGUCACCCAUGAUGUCACUGACCUUACAUGCGCUGAUUUCCUUCGUGCCCCCGGUGUUCAGACUCCUGUCAUUGUCCGUUUCUCCACUGUUAUUCAUGAGCGUGGCAGCCCUGAAACCCUCAGAGACCCUCGAGGUUUUGCUACCAAGUUUUACACCAGAGAGGGUAACUUUGAUAUAGUGGGAAACAACUUCCCAGUUUUCUUCAUCCGCGAUGGAAUUAAAUUCCCAGACGUGGUCCAUGCAUUUAAGCCCAACCCUAAGUCUCACAUCCAGGAGUAUUGGAGGAUCUUUGAUUUCUGCUCACACCAUCCUGAAAGUUUGAGCACUUUCGCCUGGUUCUUUGAUGAUGUCGGCAUUCCUCAAGAUUAUAGACACAUGGAAGGGUUUGGUGUUCACACCUACUGUCUAAUCAACAAGGCUGGAAAAGUUACCUAUGUCAAAUUUCACUGGAAACCCACUUGCGGUGUCAAGUGUUUGAUGGAUGAUGAGGCUAUUAAGGUCGGAGGAGCCAAUCACAGUCAUGCUACUCAGGAUUUAUAUGAUUCCAUUGCUGCUGGCAAUUUUCCUGAGUGGAAACUCAUGAUCCAGACAAUGGAUCCUGCGGAUGAAGACAAAUUCUCCUUUGAUCCACUUGAUAUGACCAAGAUUUGGCCUGAGGAUAUGUUCCCCUUGCAUCCAGUUGGGCGAUUGGUCUUGAACAGGAACAUCGAUAACUGGUUUGCUGAGAAUGAGAUGCUUGCAUUCAACCCUGCUCAUGUGGUUCCUGGAGUUUACUACUCCAAUGAUAAGUUAUUCCAGCUUAGGCUAUUUGCCUAUAGUGAUACUCAGAGGCACCGACUAGGAACAAACUAUCUACAGCUCCCUGUCAAUGCUCCUAAGUGUCCUUAUCACAACAAUCAUUAUGAUGGUUUCAUGAAUUUCAUGCACAGAGAUGAGGAGGUUGAUUACUUCCAAUCCAGAUAUGAUCCAGUCCGCCAUGCUGAGAAAGUCCCCAUUCCUAAUGCUAUCUGCAGUGGCAGGCGUGAGAAGUGUGUGAUUGAGAAGGAGGACAACUUCAGGCAACCUGGAGACAGGUAUCGAUCAUGGGCACCAGACAGGCAAGAAAGAUUCUUAUGCAGAUUGGUUAAUGCCUUAUCAGAACCGCGUAUCACCCAUGAAAUCCGCAGUAUCUGGGUCUCAUGGUGGACUCAGUGUGACAAAUCUCUGGGUCAGAAGCUAGCAUCUCGUCUUAAUGUGAGACCAAACAUCUGAAGAUGAAGAUGAAGAUGAUGAUAAUCAAACGCUGGAUGAUACAAGUUCUAAGAAAAGAGAUAAUAACAUAAAGUCUUGUUAAAUCUCCAGUUUGCUAUGUUGUAUAAUAAACAGAACUUAUUAUCUAGCAUGUCUCUUUUGACCAGACGCGCUUAUGUAUCCUGUCAUUGUCCAUAUUAAAGUUACUGCAUCAGUAUAGAUGCUAUCCUUGUAUUCCUCUGUUGUAAUGCUUUCUUUCUCCAUCCUUGUAAUGCUUAUUAUCUGAUUAAUCGGAUGCAAUCCGUACAUGUUUAAUUUGGUCA